UGCGGGGGACGAUCAUCAAGCCAUGGCUUCACCGUACUAUGCGUCGGACCGACGGAUCAACUGCGUCGCAUGGGGCUCCACCAAUCGCAAGUUGUGGUGGCCUGUGUACCUGUGCGACCCCAAGACAAUCGCAGAAGAUUUGCAUGUGUUGGGCUCGGCCCACAACCAACUCCUCGAGCGGCGACGGCAUCCCAACUUCCCGCUCGUAUACUACCUUGGGACCUACGAAUUUGAGGGAGGGUUUGUGAAUGUGAAGGACUGGUUUUGCGACGAGUACAAGACGUUCUCACAGGAACCCGAUAUACCUGACGACAAGUUGCGGGAAUGGUGCCUGGCGUUCCAAGAAGCGCAGAAAAUCCGUGUCAAUGGCAUCGUGCCGUACUUGACUCCGUCGGACUUGAACAAGAACCUUCCACCGAUGCCUCCGCCGCCGAUUGUUCCGGAAGGGUCCAUCAUGUGGCACUAUUCCCGUGGAAACCCUUGGAUGCCUUGCUACGUCCUCGAGCCAUCGACUGUGAUCGUGACCGACGCUCCGACGUCCAUCCGCAGUGCGGUGCGCCAAGCCCAAAAGACCCCGGACAAGUACUAUCUGGUGUAUUUCUUUGGCAUCCACUCGCUGAAACUCUUCGUCCGAAGCUGGGCACGGGUCAAGUUGUGGGAAUGCCCCGAGCAUGACGGGUUCCUUCGCGGUAUCCCUCGUCUCGCGCAUUUCCAGCAGACCAUCGAAAAGGCGGUGAAGCAUGCAAUGGUAUUUGUCGUGUCGGGGUACAACGUGGAUCACCUCACGUUUCCUGGACUUAUCUUUACGAGUACGGGGCCACCUCGCCGUUCCCUGAGCACUGACCCGCCGCCCUAUAAAAAGCCCAAGCUGUCGUGGCGCCACGAGUCGACACACCAUCAGCCAACGCAAUGGAUCUCUGCCUCUGCUUUUUCCCACCCAACCAAGCAACACCUCGAAGACCCCCGCCGGCCCCCCGCCAAGGAACCGACGUACGCUCAUGGCAUUGUAUGGGCUCAAGAGCAGUCUGCAACGUCCAUGUGGACGCCAGUGCUCGUGACCAACCGACCGCUGUGGGAGAUGAUUAAUGACAAACGCCAACGGGAUCUGCGGGACUGCCACGUGUACUCGUUCCAAGACUGUGCAUUUCACACGUGGACUGCUCGAGUGAGACCGUGGAAAAGCUCCAAGGCGAUGAAGUAUUCCAUGCUAUUACGAGAAGCUGGGAUGCAAGCGGUUGUCGACGACGCCGAGGACUAUUAUGCUAUGUUCGAACGACUGGAGGUACAUAAGUAUUGGCAUGAUUCAACUGACAGGUGGUCGUGUCCUUGGUGUAGUGCGUGUUCUCUCUCAGCCAAGAAGUUCAACGAGUGUCCAGUAUGUAGUUAGUUCGAGAUAUCAAGGCCGUUCAAGCAGAUAGAUGAUAUAUACGGAGAGAGACGACAGGACAGACUCGAAUAUUAUGUUUACGUCAAAGUAUUCACAACUAACUAGGUAGUAUUCCACGGUGGAGAUAUAAUAUUAAAAAAUAUCCCAAUAAUCGAUCAAGCGAUGAACCGAC